GCGCGACGUGGCUAUGGCUACUGUCCGGGUCCCUGGACAGGGUCAUGGUGGUGGGCCGCUGGCAGCACGCCAACACAGCCCGCAUUUACAUCGAAACUGCGGCAGCAGAGCUUGGUAGCUGGAAGCACAGCGACCGCGCCGAAUCGCUCAUCCACCAG